AUGCCGGGGUGGCAUGUUUCGCGAGUCCGCUCCUUAUAUAAGCGCAUCUUGCAGCUGCACCGGGCUCUGCCCCCGGAUCUCAAAGCCCUGGGUGAUCAGUACGUGAAGGACGAGUUUAGGAGACAUAAGACUGUUGGUCCUGGCGAGGCCCAGCGUUUCUUGCAGGAAUGGGAGGCAUAUGCAGCAGUGUUAAGGCAACAAGCUAAGGACAACAGACAAAGUUCAUCAGGAAAAGCUUGUUUUGGCACCUCUCUCCCGGAAGAAAAACUCAAUGACUUUCGUGAUGAGCAGAUUGGACAGUUGCAAGAGCUGAUGCAAGAAGCUACCAAACCCAAUCGGCAGUUUAGUAUCACUGAGUCUACAAAACCAAAAUUGUGAUACAUAAAUCUUAACAAAGCAUGUUAAAUUUAAACCACUUACCUCAUCUAUCAUUGGCUCUUUAAAAUAUAUCUGUGCGGCUUUGAUGGAAUAGUCUUGUUUUGGUAUUGUAUGAAUGAUAAAUGGAUAAAGAUUACAAAUGGCACACUAUUGAUGGGAGAUGUCAUCAUUCUGUAAAUAUGUUUCUCAUACUGGUUAAUGAAUAAAGCACUGUUGGCCAAUAGGAAAGCAAGAUAGGCAGGACUAGGAGACAAGAAGGAUUUGAGGAAGUAGUAGGGAGGAGUCAACAUGGAGAGCCUGGAGAGAGGAAGUCCGGGCCUACUCUCUGGUAAGAUGAGACCACAUGGAAAUACUUAGAUUAAUAGAAAUGGGUUAAUAUUUAAGGCAGAGCUAGCCGAUAAGAAACUAGUAACAGGCCAACAGCAUAAUAUUAAAUACAGAGUCUCUGUGUGUUAUUUGGGGCUGGUGCGGUUCUGGGCCCGGGUCAGCAGGAAAAACCUUAUUUGUACACACUAUGCCAUCACUGGAGUAACAGAUUUGCUGUGUGGAAUGUAAUUUUGUGGAAUUUAAUUCUUGGAGUAAAAGGCAUUAAAAAGAACAUACUUUGGAA